AUGUCGACCUAUGAAGAAUAUGUACGACAAAUCACAGGGGAACCCCAGCGCUUACCCUCAGUCCGGGACAUAAUGCGCCCAACAAUCCCACAAAGACGCAGGACUCACCAGAUCCCGCCGUUCACUCCUGCACUGGCCAGGUACUUUCUAGCGGAUCCACGACGGAUGGACAGCCCUGACCACGCGCGAUUGCGUCGAGAACGAAGAUUGCGGCAACGCAUUCAUGAAGUGAGCCGCCAGCCGCUCCCAACACCCCGUCCUUCGCCCGGUGCUCCGCCUGUGGCCGCACCUGUUGUUCCCCCUGUUGUCUCGCCCGUCGUCUUGCCCGCUGCCUUGCCUUCGCCUGCAGCUUCGCCUGUGGCGUUGCCCGCUGCUUACCCGUCGUUGCCUUCGUCUUCUUCGGCGUCUCCUUUCUCUUCUUCUUCUGUCUCCUCUUUUGUCUCGUCUUAUUCAUCGUCUUCGUCUUCAUCCGUCUCUGCGUUCUCCUCUUCCUCCUCCUCCUAA